AUGAUACGGCUCAGACAAUUUAGUUUCAAGAGCAAGCUGCUGUUAAUAUUCAGAAGAUUCAAUGCUCAAUCAGAGUUAUGCCAAACAGAACUAGAUCACACUUAUGAGAACAGAAAAAUAUACAUUCAAAGCGAUAAAAUCAAAGCUUACUACCCUUCAAUAAGCGAUGUACGACAAAAAUAUAAAUCUUCUUCCAUAAUUUCAAUUCCACAAUUUAGAUGUAACUUUGAAAAUGUAACUUUUAGUGAGUCUGAGAAGAACAGAAGUGAAACAUCUUACGUUUUGGAAGGACGUAUUAGUAGUAUAAGGAAAGCAGGAAAAGGAUUAUAUUUCAUAGAUGUUACCCAGGAUAACGUUGAAGUUCAAAUCAUGGCGACGAAUAAACUUAUGAACUUAAAUAUUGAUGAAUUUAAUGAAAAGCAUAAUUGGUUUAAAGUUGGAGAUUAUGUAAGCGGAAAUGGAUUUGCUUCAAGAACUAAAUCUAAUGAAUUAACGUUGAAAUUGGACAGACCGCUUGAAAUUUUGACACCAUGCCUCACAAAUAUUCCCAACAAGCUAAAAGAUAAAGGUUUAAUGAAUAGUAAUAGAGUUAUGAAUUACCUCGUCAACCCAUCGUCCAAAAGACCGAUAAUAAUAAAAUCACAAAUCAUCCAAAUUAUACGACAAUUUUUAAUCAAGAGAGGUUUCUUAGAAGUAACAACUCCAAUACUAAGUCAUGAAGGAACAGGUGCGACAGCUAAUCCUUUUGUAACGAAUUUCAAGGAUCAAAAAAUCCAAUUGAGAGUAGCUCCAGAAUUAUGGUUGAAAAAAUUAAUUAUUGGUGGAUUUGAUAAAAUAUUCGAGAUUGGUAGUAAUUUCAGGAAUGAAGGGAUUGAUAAUACUCACAAUCCAGAAUUUACAUCUUGUGAAUUCUAUAAAACUUAUACAAGCUUAGAGGAAUUAAUGAAAAUGACAGAAGACUUAUUUAAAGAAGUUUUUCAAGCAUUUAGUUUUGGAGACGCUAGUAGCUUGGAUUCUUAUCCGAAGUAUGAAUUUAUACCGACUUUAGAGAACAUUCUUGGUGACACAUUACCAACAGAUCUAACAAGUGAAAACAUCAUGGAAUUUUAUAGACGAAAUAAUAUUUCAAUUCCAGACAUUAUUAGCCCAACAAGUUUGCUCAACAAUCUUAGUGAAUUGUUCCUUGAAUCACUUAGCAUAACCAAACAUCCAAACAUUCCAGUUUUUAUAUGUAAUCAACCAGAAACACUAUCACCAUUAGCUAAAUCAAAUUUGGUCAAGGGUCAAAAAAUCUCAUACCGAUUCGAAUUGUUCAUAAACGGCAAAGAAUUUGUUAAUGCCUACGAAGAAGAGAACGAUCCUCAAGAACAAUACAAAAAAUUCAAAUUACAGCAAGAAGGCAAAGCCAAUUAUGGCGAUAAGGAACUGAUAAUACCAGAUUGGGAAUAUAUAAAAGUUAUGAAUUUGGGUUUACCCCCUACAGGCGGCUGGGGUAUUGGAAUAGACCGAUUAGCUAUGCUUAUGAGUGGAGUUGAAAGAAUUGAUAACGUUUUACCUUUUGGAAAUUUGAGAGAUGUUUUGAAACAGUAG